AUGGCGGAACAAAAGACGCCGAGUGCUACCAUGGCCGAGAUACCAUCGACCAUGGUCGCCCAGGCCGCAGCCGCUGCGAGUGCGAACGCCGACGACGAGAACCGCCUGCACCCUUCAAGGACGGCCGAAUACCUCAAUCCGAAUAGCACAGACGAGAACCUCCCACCGCCAGCAUACGGCGACACAUACGGCGAUGUCAGCAGCCAGGACGCCGGGUUGGGCACCAAGGCCACCCUACGCUCUGACGGACGAGUCAACAUCAAUAUCAACCAGACCUCCCGCCACCUCUCGAGCUUGCUUGUGCCCGCUCUUAGAAGUCAACUCGAUCUUGCCGACACUACCCAAGUCCCCCCGCCCUAUAUUCCUACCUCACUCGGCGGAGCCCCUGGCCAACCGCCGCCCCCACCUCUCAACGUAGUCAUACAUGUGGUCGGUUCAAGAGGAGACGUGCAACCCUUUGUGGCUCUUGGAAAGGUACUCAAGGAUCAGUAUGGCCAUCGUGUCCGACUGGCAACACAUCCUGUCUUCAGAGACUUUGUCACAGAAAAUGGUCUCGAAUUCUUCAACAUUGGAGGGGACCCUUCUGAGCUCAUGGCCUUCAUGGUCAAGAACCCCGGGUUGAUGCCCGGAUUUGACGUCAUGAGGAGAGGUGACAUCGGUAAAAGACGCAAAGAGAUCGGAACAAUGAUCAAAGGAUGUUGGAGGAGUUGUAUCGAGUCUGGUGAUGGUACGGGCGUCGCUGUAGACGACAACACAACCGAAGAAUGGAUGCGCAACACUGAUGCCUCGAUCAAGCCCUUCAUUGCCGACGCCAUCAUUGCAAACCCACCUUCGUUCGCUCACAUCCACUGCGCCGAGAAGCUAGGAUGUCCUUUACACAUAAUGUUCACUAUGCCUUACUCUCCCACACAAGCCUUCCCUCAUCCUCUGGCUAACAUCCAGUCGACAAAUGCUGAUCCCCAUCUUACAAAUUUCAUUAGUUAUACUCUCGUCGAGAUGUUGACCUGGCAGGGUCUGGGCGACGUCAUCAACAGAUUCAGAGUCAAGGAUCUUUCUCUCGAUCCCAUCAGCUUGAUAUGGGCUCCUGGCAUGCUGACAAGGCUACGUGUCCCACAUACCUACUGCUGGUCUCCUGCUUUGAUCCCCAAGCCGAGAGAUUGGGGCAACCAGAUAUCUAUCGCUGGCUUUUACUUCCUCUCUCUGGCUUCCAACUUUACACCACCCCCCGAUCUCAAGGCCUUUUUGGAUGCCGGGCCUCCACCCGUGUACAUUGGUUUCGGAUCCAUUGUUCUUGACGAUCCCAACGGCAUGACCAAGCUCAUUUUCGAUGCUAUCCGCCAGACUGGACAACGUGCUCUGGUCUCCAAGGGUUGGGGUGGUUUCGGCGCCGAUGAACUUGGCAUACCAGAAGGUGUCUUCAUGCUGGGUAAUGUGCCUCACGACUGGUUAUUCAAGCACGUGUCUUGUGUUGUCCACCACGGAGGCGCAGGAACCACUGCUGCUGGAAUUGCGUGUGGUGUUCCUACUGUCAUUGUUCCGUUCUUCGGAGACCAGCCUUUCUGGGGAGCCAUGGUAGCCAAAGCUGGAGCUGGUCCAGAUCCGAUCAAUCACAAGGAUUUGACUGCUGAUAACUUGGCUGGUGCAAUCAACAAAGCCCUUGAGCCGGCCACUAGAGAAAGGGCUCAAGAUCUGGCCAACAGUAUUGGUCAUGAGAACGGCACCGAAUCUGGCGCUCAGAGCUUCCACCAAUUCCUUGAAGUCGAUAAGAUGAGAUGCAGCAUAGCACCCAGUAAAGCAGCUGUCUGGCGUCUGAAAAGGACCGAGGUUCGUCUGAGUGCUCUUGCGGCGACCACUUUGGCGACCGAAGGAUUACUGGACUUCAAAGAUCUGAAACUGUACCGCCCGAGAGAGUAUGAGGCCGAUGAGGGUCCUCCCGAGCCCAUAUCUGGUGGCGCUGGCGCUCUCACCGGUACAAUCAGUACCAUGAUGAUGGGUGUCGCCGACUUCCCUGUCGCUGCAUUGAAGGCGUUGAGAAUCCACCCUGACGCUGUUCCCAACAAAACAACAACAGAACCUCAGGCUACUUCCCAGCAAUUGUCUACCGAGAGCCCGCCAAACCAACCUGGGACCUCCAAUAGAGAGCUUGCUGUCACUAGUCCAAACAGACCUGCUUCACCCACAAGAGGUGCUAGCACGGGAGGAAGUUUCAAUCUCGAUGAGUCGUUUGCGAAGAUGGGUUCUCCUCAUCUCACAGCCGAAGACAAGACCGACAGAGGAAAGCGUAGUCGUUCUUCUUCGCUAGCCGCAGCACUGCAAGGUCGCCUGGGUAACCAGUUGCGCAAUCGCUCUGGCUCUCGCAGCGGUUCUACUUCUAGGUCAUCGAGUCCCCACAGGACAAACACCACGCAGUCCCAGGCAUCGGCACAAUCUCAGUCACAGGGAGGCGAGACAAACCUAAGAGAAGUCAUCGAUGCCGCCUUCGGCACCAGUAAGGGCGUUUCUAGAAUUGUCGGAGCUGGUUUCAAGUCGCCGAUGGACUUUACGCAUGCUCUUGCAAAAGGCUUCCACAAUGCACCAAAGCUCUAUGGCGAUGAGUCUGUCAGGAAGCCUGACAAGAUCACCGACUUUAGAUCUGGCCUUCGUGCAGCCACCAAGGAAUUCGGCUUUGGUAUGUUCGAUGGCAUCACUGGACUCGUUACCCAGCCCAUGGAGGGCGCAAAGAAGGAAGGUGCUGCCGGCUUCAUCAAGGGCUUUGGUAAGGGCAUUGGCGGUAUAGUACUCAAGCCUGGUGCAGCCAUCUUCGGUAUCCCGGCCUACACCAUGAAGGGUGUCUACAAAGAGCUCCAACAACUGUCGGGAUCCUCUGUUCAGAACUACAUCAUUGCAGCUCGCACAGCCCAAGGCUAUGAUGAAUGGCACAGGUCGAGUGCCCAGGAGCGACAGGAGAUCAUUAGACGCUGGAAAGUGGUUGAGUCGGAGGUCAAGAAGAAGAGAUUUAUUCACGAGCAGUUCCAGGAUAUGCUUAGAAAGCAAUGGGAUGGCGACGAUCGAGAGGGCGGCAACGUUCAUGAUGGUCAAGCCAGAGGUUCGCGUUCUCUGCUGGGCCUUCUUCCUCGAUCACGUGCUAAUUCGCGUGCAGCGAGAGUCGGUACACAUAGCGAAGUCGCAACACCGACGGUCGAGGUUACGCAGCACCCUAGCGAACCUCCUAAGUAUGAGGACCUGCAGUUCACACGCGGUACCAGUGGCAACGAACUUGAGAGAGCUAUCCACGCAUCGGUCGCUGAUACUAGCCGUGGCGACCCAGAGCAAGAUGCCAUGAUUGAGCGUGCGAUUCGCGCCAGCAUUGCCGAGCUCGCCUCUGGUCAGCAGUCUUCCAGCAACAACAACGAUGUCGAAAAUGAAGACGAGAUCCUGCGUAAAGCAAUUGCAGCCAGUAUGGUAGACCAUCAAGGUCAAGAUCCACCAGCAUAUCAAGAUACAUCUUCGUCUGAACACGACGAAGAGCUAGCAGCCGCGCUCAAGGCUAGUCUAGCAAACCCCUCUGGUCAUCAAGACAAGCGCAUCAAACGUCAAGGACAGUCUACGGAUAGCGAAUGGGAUACAAACUCCAGCUCAGGUGACGACGAAUAUCGUCUCGCUGUCAAAGCAUCUCAAGACCAGCAAUCUGCACAAAAACAUCUCGACGACGAUGCAGAGCUGCAGCGAGCAAUCAGCCAAAGCCAAGAAGUCCACAAAGCCUCUACCAGUGCUGAAGAAGAGGAAAGAAUGGUCAUGGAAUACGUCAAGAAGCAGAGUUUGCUGGAAGAAGAACAUCGACGCAAUGCUGCGAGCAAGGGCAAAGGCAAAGUUGCCGAACACGAUGACGACGACGAAGAUGACGAGGAUUACAAGAGAGCUUUGGAGGCUAGUCUGCAGCACGAGGGUAAGAAGGGAGGAAGGGCUUGA